GAGUGUGGUCCGGGCACCCAUGUCCCCGCCUCUCCGGGCCCCCCGCGCGCCCGGCCCGCCCCGGCCAGCUCUCCGGGCGCUGCCUUACUCGGGGCCCGGGGCGCCGGCUCAGUGCCGCGUCUGCGAACCGGUGACCUGGUUUCCCCUUCAACCCUCGCGGCGAUCCCACUCGCGCGGCGGCGGCGGCGGCCAAGAGCAAGCAAACCCGGCUCCGCCAGGGGCGCAGCGAGGAAAUGGCCUCCCAGCCGCUCGCCCCGCCGCCGCGACCGUCCGGAGCCGCCCGGCUGGCACCCGACGCCCGCCGCUCUGCCCGGGACCGGCGCCCAGAAGUGUCCGCCCCUCUGCGCUCGCGGACCCCUACCCAGCGGCCCACGUGCACGCCGCCCCGGGCCGGCCGCCUCCGCACCUGCCUCCCCAGAUUUCCAGCCAGUGACGUGAUUUAUUCCGGUGUCUUGUGAGCAUCCCACGGAAAGGGGUGAGAAGCCACCACCCUAGCGAACAGCAUUAACAACCACAACUGUCAGGAAUUCGGAAACUGUUGCCUAAGCCUGGAUGCACAGCAUUUCAGGUACUUCAAGAGAGAAAAGUCGCAGACCUCAAGACUCCCUGGCGAGAGGGAGCGACCUCCCUCUCCACGGACCUUAAAUCCCUUCGGUUGUCGGCGAUAAAUCCGGGCUUGGUUUUAUUUUUCACUUGUAAUAAAGCUAUACCAUAUAGGACUUGCGGGUUUUGUAGCUGGACAGAAGUUGUCCUCCCUUGCAGGCAAGUUCCUGGGCUUUGCUCCAAAGCUGCCCCGGGAUGUUUUGGUUGGUUUGGAGAAAAGCUGUGGAGUCUGCCCUCCCCCCCUUUUUUUUCCAAAUAGGAGGCCCCCUGGUGGCUAACUGUGGGUGAAAACUCUGGCCACUGAGGAAAAAGCUUGGCUCUAACAGGCCACGAAGGUUGACAGCCUGGUGUUCACAAGGGCCAUGGAGCCAUGUGAAUUACUUAGGAAUUGGGGGGAAGGGGGAGGAGUAGGAGGAGUGUGAUGCCAACCUUCUCUCACAAAAGUGGAUAAGAGGCCCUAACCCUGUUGGAACUUUGAUUUUUUUUUUUUUCUUUUCCUGAGUAUAACUUGGAGCUAACUUUCUUCUUAAAAGGAAACAUCAUACAGAGAAUGAAGUAUAACAAACACACUGUUGCUUCCCUUUGUUCAAAUGACUUUGUUUUUCUGGUCUCAUUUUGCCUGGAAACUUCUGAAAUAAAGAGUAAAUUACAACAUGAAAUAAAUAGCAUGAUGUUAUUCAAACAAUUCAUGAGACUAUGAUUGUAACAAUGUUAUAUAACAAUGGGGGAAGGCAAUUUUAAUGCAACAUUAUUGAAACAACAUGAACUACUAAGGAUUCCAUGAAUUGACCCUCUGAUGACUGACUGCAUGAUGGCAAACCAGGACUGACAGCAA